AUGGCCACACGUUAUUACACCCCAGGAGCGGCGUCUCAAUCAGGAAACCUGAAGCCAAUGUACCUGACCUCCACAAUAUCCCUCAACUCACGACAUGGCGAUGGCAACUACGCUCAACUGCGUCCAGAGUCGUCUCAAGACAUGGAAUUGAGAUUGCUCGAACGUCGCGACUUGCUGUUGAAAAGUCGCAUCAGAUGGCUUCGAGUCCUCGCUCGAGCUCUUGCGACACUUUGCUCGGUGGCGACUUUGAUACCCCUGAUCAUGACUGUUGUCAAGUUUUUGCAGACGAGGAAUAUACAGUACAAUGUCAAUGGGGCGAUUCGGACGGCUUGGGCUGCUGAGACUGUUACGUGGUAUACUUAUAUGUACACGGCCGUGGCGGCGGUAUCUUUCCUGCUGAACUUUGUCGUCAUGGUAUCCUACCUCCGUAGUGUCAGGAGCGCCAACAAGGCUGAUCAGAUCGCUACCUAUUGGUCUUGGGCAACUAUCGUCAGUCAUGUUGUGAUUUGGGCUGUGGCGGCGGGCCUUUACCGAUAUGGUAGAGAACCUGUUGAUGGGAAGUCCAAGGAUCUCUGGGAUUGGACGUGCAGUCAUUCGGCUGCUGAGCUGCAACAAGUCCUGACGAGUGUAAAUUUUGCCAAAUACUGCAAAGUACAGACGUCUUCGUACUAUGCUGGUAUUGCGAAUGCUAGUUUGGGAAUCCUGACGGGAGUCAUCAUGGUGUGUGUGCUGCUACGAUCGAAGUCGAAGAAGAUUGUCAAGAGAGCUACUUUCGGGACGAGGAGUGAUUUGGAACCUUUGAGAUCGUGA